AAGUGUCCCAGAGGCCUUCAGCUUGUUCCAAACGCCACGAAUCGUAACAGAUCAUGACGCCUAUCUAGGGUAGUUUACUAUUAAAGCAUGUAACACAUUUCACUGGGGGUGCAGUCUGGACUGAAUGGACAAGACAAGGACCAACAGCCGUGCCGAUGAAUUGCGCGCGAGUGGCUAGAAUUGUCUGGGUACGGAUGUCUUGUGGAAGAAACAGAUUUUCCUCCAUGCAUUUCACGACCCUGCCUUGCUUCAGACGACCCUCCUUUUCUGUGCGUGAACGUUGUGUCUGUAUGGUUGCUGUGACCGCUUUCACCGUGGGGAUUUUUCCAGUCAGCUUCAUAUGUCGCUAGCCGGUCCAGCCACAUGCGGUAUGUCUGCAACGAGGCACACGCUUCAUUAUUUCUGCAGCAGUGAGGUGAACACAGAAAGAUCAGUCCGCAAGAUCCCUUAUAUUCGGCAUGAGUUGAGACGCUAAUAUCGCGGUCAUAACUUUAUCUAACAUGUGAGCCCGUUUCCCUUAAUUCGUGCAGCUACUCUGUUGGCUUACUGCGUGCUGGUGGUCGAUAAACUGGGCUCUCUGAUUGUGACGCUAAAUCAGGUGCCAACCCUCGUUAAAAUCUGUCCCCAUGGAUCUCUUCUGUCUGCUUAUUGGAUCUUUUUUUUUCUUAAGCACUUCGGCUUCCGCCAGACAAACUCAGGGCGGCUUGUCUGUGCUCCAGGCGGAGCCACUGCUUGCUCCCGAUUCGACGGCGUUUGAAAUGUUUCGCGAGGAACGUCGCGGUGAUCGAAUGAGAGAGGAGGUGGAGUUUUCCCAGAUUCAACUUGGUGAAAGAGACGGGGAUGACGAUGACGAUCCUGAAGACGAAAUUGGAGAGGAAGAGUAUGAGGAAGGAGGAGAGGGCGACUCGUCUCGAGGAUCUUCGCGUGGCCAUGGGGGAGACGCGUCGCAGGCCAGCGAGGUGAAUCGAGACGAAAGCUACGAAGCAGAAGAUGAGAGAGAACCUUCUCAGAAAGACGCUAAGGCCACAAGGUCUGCGCCGAUAGGGCACGAAGCAUUUACAAUGAAGCUGAUGAGUGACUCGCCGCGUGUUGGCUACGCUGAUGGGCAAGAGGCUUGUUCUGCACUCGGAUGUCCCCGAGUUGCAGCAGGAGGAGCUCCGAGAAACCCGAUUUCAGGUUGCGCAAAAAGCGUAAAGUGCCGCGGUUGUCAUGGGCGUAUGGAAGCCGAAGCUCGAUGUCAAGCGUGGAAACCAUCUACUCGGCCAGACGUAAUUCUUUCCAGCGGCUGGUAUUUUACGAAGCAUAUGCUGACUCGUUCUGGAGCAAUGGAGCUUGAUAUCCAGUGGGACAACAACAGCGAUCUUGAUUUCAAGAAAUGUAUGCCAGAUCUGCGACAGGUCACUCGAUCUUUCAAGGAGUUACAAGAAACUGGCAAUGUGGCACCUUUCGCCUUCCACCGGAUGGUCAAUGUACAAGUAGCCGUUCAUCGGCUCCCUUCUGAGGGGAUGGAAGAUAAGGGACCGAAAAAACUGUCUUUCUCGAUAAAGUUCGUCGAUCCACAGGCGUCAUCCCUUAUCGGACGUACUGGUCAAAGCCAAAGCCAACCUAUGUGCAGUAGCGUGGACGCGACGCUACCUAUGGUCAACCUUGGGAGGAAAACUGCUAUGUACGGUGUCGGGUGGCUGCCCAUCCCAAAUGAUCUGACAUUUCCAGUAACCACCAAAAACUUUGUUAUUCGGAUGCAGUGCAGUGGCGUCCAGUCAUGCAACAUGAACAGGAUAGCAGUGUGCGCACGUAUCACGUGUCCAGCCACGGCAACAGUGGCUGAACAGCAGAUGGCUGCUGUGCAAGACGCUAUGAGCAAACCUGUUGGCAACGGCCCAGCCAGUCGCGCCGCUGGUCUUGCUUCCGGGGAUAGCCCAGCUUCUCGAGUGAUGCAGGCAUCGACUGGGCGGUUUGGUUCCACGUUAAGCUCGCAGGUACCACUUGUUCAUCCCGGGGCAUCUCCGUAUUCCCAGCACCAUGGCGCUUUUCCACACGGAUACCCCUACCUUGUCCUCGGCCACGCGGCAACUCGUGUUCCAUCCGCCUUCGUAUCAGCAUUCUUUUGCUCCGUCGCCUCAAUCGCUCUUUUCUUUUAAUCUUUUUUCUAGUGCAGUAGCACUGAUGGAUUCCACGGAAGAUUGUUUGCAGUCUGAGUUUCAUCGUAUGUUUCUUAAGAGGGAAAUCUGAACAGAAGUUGAACGGAAGAACGAAUUGACACCAUGUGAGUCACAGCGAUAUCACCUGCUCCCUGAACAUGGAUGCCAAAUCAGCGUAGGUUUUAGCUGAAAGCAGUGAUGUUGAUUAGAGCCGGGACCGCCUACGAAACAAAUGCAGACUGACUGUCAGCCUCAAAAGACCCUGAUCAGUACAUGCGAUGGUUCAAGAAUGGCAAUUACCUAAUCGAACAUCUCCUUCACUUGACUUACCUUGCAAUGCAUUCUCAGGGGGCUAAUGCAUACGAAUAACUUGCCGCACUAUGCCAUAUCAGCAAAGACAACUCCGUACCGGUUCGGAUGCCGACACAUCGGUAAUGUAUGUCUGGGCGAAGGGAAUUAUGGCCUCAUGCAUACGUUUAAUACGUGUGCGUAGGUCCUCAAUGUUCGCGGGUGUCAGAGGGUAGAAGCCGUAUGACUAGAAAGCAUCAAAAGAGUUGCGUCCAAGUCGACGUCGACAGAAAUAUUAUCACGU